ACAAAACAGUAAUACAACACCCAACAACGGUACGGUUAGUGUUCAAGCCAAGCUAGGCACAAACGACUAUUAAAGUCAUAGGUUCUGUAAUCUGUGAAACGGGACGACAAUUUUUCAGUUUCAGUUCCCAAACAAGCACUCGAAAGAGAAGCUAAGUGCAGAAAUAAACGUACGUCGACAAAAAAAUAUCACAAAAGUUGUGAAAUUCAUUUAGUUUGUGACGAACAAAUCAAAAGAAAAUGUUACAAAAUGGAGCCUUAAUUGAACUGGAAAAACUCGAGCUUCCCACGGAAAGAAUCGCAUUCUGUCGGCUUUGUCUAGCCAGGGACAAUCUUGUCCAAUUGGUUCCAUCUGCUGUGACUGAGAAUUCCGUCAACUGUUCUGCUUCUGCUGACGAUGGCGAAAAUGAUGUGGGUCAAGAUGACGACACCAGAAAUGUUCUACCGAAGAAAACGACUCAGCUGAUUGAGUUGGUAUUUGAAUGUACCAACAUUAGGCUCUCGCCCGAAGAUGAACCUGGUUGUUCUAUUUGCGGUGGAUGUCGCCGUUCGCUAGCCGACUUCUACCGUUUUCGGUCUCAAGCCAAACGGGUUGAUGAACUUAUCAAAUCUAAGCAACUGGACGAAGCAAAUGUUUCAGGAGCUUUAAUCACUGUUGAGAAAACGAUUGCCGAUACAAACAUUAAAGAAUUAAAUCCAACGAUCGUCGAGACUGAAAUAGCGCAAUCUAGAGUAGGAAUAAAUCUUAAUGUCGAUAGAACUGUUAGAAUAAGUACGGAUUCAACAAGCACCAAUAAUGUAUUGUCUCGGCCGCAUUCCUAUCGGAAGCGAAAUUUUAGUCUUCUAUGUACGUCAAAGCCUUCAGUGAUGGCCAUAAAGCGCCCUCGUUUGAAACCGAUGAUUCCGAUCUUAUCGAGUGGCGAUAGCAAUGCCAAGUACAAGUGUCGGUACUGCCCGAAAUCAUUCAAAACGGAGACUGGUUUGACGGAGCAUUCACGUCAGCACUACAGACCUCAUCAAUGUCCAAACUGUCUGGAACAAUUCCAGCAUGCUCCAUCACUAGCCCGGCAUGUGCGUAAUAGGACCUGUUUUACUUUUACCAAGUAUCGCUGUCGCGUUUGUACAGAGAGCUUCCUGGAGCAGGCCCACUGGGCUGAACAUAUCAAGAUCCACGCGAGUGAAUAUCCCCAUCAAUGCCAGGAGUGUUUGUCACAGUUUAAGCACAAGGCCACGUUGCGCCGCCACGUCAAUACGGUCCACUUGCUGCAGUACUAGACGAGGGCAAUCACAAUACAUAUUUGAAUGAGAAAAGUGCGUUAAGAACUGCGUUAUCAUAAGAUCGGUUUCCUCACUUUAGAACUUUGCAAAUCAUCAACCGUACUUUAAAAGAUUUGUAAACCGAGUUUUAGUAAGAAUUAUGUUCUGAACAUCAAAACGUCACUAUAUAUUUUUAAAGGUUCAGAAAACCUAGAUUUACCGAAUUUCUGAAAAUUUCAGAGAAAUUAAUUAUGACUUCCUAGUUCCUUAGGGCAACUUUAGUUUCUACGUUGAUGACGUUUUGAAUAUUGACGUUUGUCACUGAUCAGAUAAAUUACUUACAUAUUCCCUUGUAGAAGAUUUUUUUAACUCGAGCUCAAAUAUACCUCUCCCAAAUUCCUAGGUAAACAUUGAUUAGCUCAAUUUUUAGUCACGAAACGUAUUUGCAAUGCUUAAUUUAUUCGAUGUAGAUUUUUUAUUCGAAACAAGGUCUUUUAGAUAAUUGUAUAAAACUAAGUAAUAUAUGUAGACCAAAUGCGACCAUUUGUGAUAAAAAAAAAC